GCGCUCGUUGAGGCAGCUCCAAUUGUCGGGCCAGUAGUCGUUGCGAAACUUUUGCUGGAGUAACGUGUCGCGCAAUUGGCGUCGCAAUUUUCUGGCCAUCCUAUCGACGGCAAUCGUUCCAUCGUCCCAUCGGCUGUCGGUUAUCGUAAAUCGUAAAUCGUAAAUCGCAAAUCGUUUCGCGUUCGGGUGUGUAUGUGUGUGCGCGAGGAACAGGUGUGGAAGGAGGUGUGAUGGAGCCUCAAUCCAUAUGCAACAGUCUAACCAAAAGUAUUUCCAUCUAAGGAGAGGAUCUCCCCCCUAAAACAGAGUGUAAAAUGUAGCUGCAAAAUACGUGAGGCAUUACUCAAAGGAACAGGAACAUCGAAAGGGAACGAUAGAAAACCAGCGAGAAUAAAACGAAACGAAAAUCAAAAUGCCAGCAAUAAAAUUACAACAAUUGAAUUCAAUUUAUUCACACGAAGGAAAGGAGAAGGCAGUACCAGGACCUCCGCGACCUGGACUUGGACCUGGACACCGAUACAACGCCUUCUGGUGCUGCUGGUGCCACUGCUGCCACUGGUGCUGGCAUUUUGCAACAAAUUAUUUAAAAAGUUAUUGCCACAUUAAGCGUCAUGGUGUUAAUAACAAUAAAACUUUAUGUUGGCUGACACUGACUUUGAUUUUAUUGAGCACACGAACGGCAAUUGGCAUCGGAGCUGCCACUGCCACUGCCACUGCCACGGAAGGAGCGGCAGCGGUAGCCGUAGCAGCACCAGCUGUUGGCGGUGCCCCAUCAGGAGGCGUGGCAGCAUUGGAGAUUGGAACCUGCAAGCAACCGUUGGGCAUGGAAUCUGGCGCCAUUGCCGAUUUUCAAAUAAGCGCCAGCUCGGCCCACGAUAUGGGAAAUGUGGGGCCACAGCAUGCCAGACUCAAGGUGGAUAAUAACGGCGGGGCCUGGUGUCCCAAGCAUAUGGUGUCGCGUGGUCUCCAGGAGUAUCUACAGAUUGAUCUGCUGCAGGUGCAUCUGGUGAGCGCCAUACGCACUCAGGGCCGCUUCGGCAAAGGUCAGGGCCAGGAGUACACCGAGGCCUAUGUGCUGGAAUACUGGCGGCCGGGCUUUGAGAAAUGGAUACGCUGGAAGAGCAGUCAAGGGAAAGAGGUCUUACCCGGGAAUAUAAACACCUACAGCGAGGUGGAGAACGUGCUGCAGCCGAGCAUCUUUGCAUCGAAGGUGCGCAUCUAUCCCUACAGCCAGUACGAUCGGACGGUCUGUCUGCGCGCCGAGAUCGUCGGCUGUGCCUGGGAAGAGGGCAUCGUCGCGUACAGCAUUCCCAAGGGCAUGCAGCGGGGCAUGGAAAUCGAUCUGUCGGACAAGACCUACGAUGGCCAUGAGGAGGCCGAUCGCUAUGUGAACGGUCUCGGCCAACUGGUGGACGGACAGCGGGGAAAGGACAACUUUCGCAAUGAUAUCAAUGGCUUUGGCAAAGGUUACGAAUGGAUUGGCUGGCGGAAUGACACUCUCUUGGGCCGCCCGGUGGAGAUCACAUUUGAGUUUGAGACUGUACGAAACUUCAGUGCUGUCAUUAUACACACGAAUAAUAUGUUCUCCAAAGAUGUUCAGGUGUUUGUCCAUGCCAAAGUCUUCUUCAGCAUCGGGGGACGACAGUUUGGCGGGGAGCCCGUACAAUUCUCGUAUAUGCCGGACCUGGUGCUGGAUCAUGCACGCGACGUGACAAUCAAAUUACAUCAUCGCCUGGGGCGUUAUCUGCAGUUGCAUUUGUAUUUCGCCGCCCGCUGGAUGAUGCUCAGCGAGAUUACGUUUAUAUCAGUGCCCGUGGUCGGCAAUUUCACGGAUGAGGGCCUGCUCAAUGGCAUCAGACAGCCGUCGGACACAUCGGAGUAUCCGCUGCAGCGCGAUGAAGUCGGCCGAGCGGUCAGCAGCGGCGAAAGGAGCCAACAUACCACCCAAGUCAUCUCUCCGAAACCCAUUGACCAUCAGGAAGCGGAAGCGGCUGGUUUUGUUGGCGUCAUAAUCACAGUCCUGGCAACAAUUAUUCUCCUGCUUGUCGCCAUUAUAUUGCUGAUUGUGGCACGGAACAAGCGCGGACGUGGCAGGGGCAACGUUUUGGAUGCAUUUCAGCAUAAUUUCAACCCGGACACGCUCGGCGGCAUCGAUAAGCGACUCUGCCACACCGGCAACGGCAAUGUCCUAAAGGUGGUCACAACAAUGGAUGACAAUGAGUCGUCCAUUGACAAGAACAGUCUGUACCAUGAGCCCUUCAAUGUGAACAUGUACACCAGUGCGGCCAGUGGAUGCUCCAUGAAUGACCUGCAGCGUCAGCAUGUAACGCCGGACUAUACAGAUGUACCGGACAUCGUGUGCCAGGACUAUGCGGUGCCGCACAUGCAGCAGCUGCUGCCCAAUGGUGGACCUCCUCCGCCUCCGCCUCCUGCUGUCGCUGCCAUUCCCGGCAGCAAUGGACCCUCCGCCGGCAUCGUCGUAACCACCAGUGCACGCAACUCUCUUAAUGCUGCCACGCUACCGCUGCCCCUGCCCCUGCCAGUGCCAGUGCCCAUGCCCGUGGCAUUGCCUGGUGGAACCCUGCCGUUGCUGCCACCGCCGCCGCCAGUGCCACCGCCGCCGGAGAAAUAUUAUGCAGCCACACCAAUUUGCAGCAAACCCAUGUCCGUGCCGCCACCGGGCUCCCAGAGCAGUGGCUCGUUGAGUCUCAGCUCCUCGACAACGGCAGCGACCACGCCUACGGGCAUCAGUGGCGGCGGGGGAGUGGGCACCAUUGUGGGUGGCGCUGGAGGUGGCUGUGGCAUCAAACCGCAUCAUUACAAUUUGGAUAUGAGCGCUAAUUUCGCCGACAUUAACGAAGAGCAGGCCAAUUGCCAAGUGCAGGAGUUUCCACGUCAGUCCCUGGUCAUCGUCGAGAAACUGGGCUCCGGCGUGUUCGGGGAACUGCAUUUGUGCGAAACAAAUGUCCUGAACGCCACUCUGGUGGCCGUGGCCACACUCCGCCCUGGAGCCAGCGAUCAUCUGCGCAAGGAGUUCCGCUGCAAGGCCAAACAGCUGGCGCGUCUUUCGGAUCCGAAUGUGGCACGAUUGGUGGGUGCCUGUCUGCGAGACGAGCCCAUCUGCAUUGUGCAGGACUAUUCGAAUUGUCUGGGCGACUUGAAUCAGUUCCUGCAAGAGCAUGUGGCCGAGACCAGCGGACUGAUGGCCAACAAGAGUCUGAGCUAUGGCUGCUUAGUGUACAUUGCCACACAAAUUGCAUCGGGCAUGAAGCAUUUGGAGCAAAUGAAUUUCGUACAUCGGGAUCUGGCAACAAGGAGCUGCAUUAUUGGCCCCGAGCUAAGCGUCAAGGUCUGCUCUAUUGGCACUGUGAUAAAUCGAUCGGCCUACAUGUCGGACUAUUGCCAAUUGGAGGGCACCACUGGCAGGCAGACACAGCCCAUGCCCAUACGCUGGAUGUCCUGGGAGAGUGUGCUAUUGGGUAAAUUCACCACAAAAUCCGAUGUCUGGUCGUUUGCUGUGGCCCUUUGGGAGAUCUUAACAUUCGCGCGGGAACAGCCCUACGAGCAUAUGACGGACGAGAAUGUUAUUGAGAACAUUGGGCACAUCUAUCAGGAUGAUAAAAUGCAUGAACUGCUGCCAAUGCCAGUCAACUGUCCGCGCGAGAUUUACGAUCUCAUGUGCGAAUGCUGGCAGCGCAACGAGUCGAGUCGACCCAAUUUCCGGGAGAUACAUUUGUUUUUACAGCGCAAGAAUCUAGGUUUUAAGCCCCAGUCCCAGACGCUGAUGUAUUGAAUUCUCUGUAACAAAACAACAACAAAAAUGCAAACACACUAAAGAACUCGAAAACUAAAUGCAAUUUUUAGCACAUCAUAAAUCAACAUACAUAAAUAUAUUUCGAAUAUUCUAUGCGAAUUUUAUGCAUUUAAAAACGAAUGAAAAAUGAAGAAGAAUGCAUUUAAAAAAUAAAUGUUUUUGAAUGGAAAAAAGAAGAAAAAACUGCGGCCAGUCGUAGGCAGGGAUGCCCUAAGAAAGGUAUUGGAGGGUUUAUAACCACAGGAUUUUAUGGAUUGCUUUGGAUACUGCUUUGAGUUGUCCAAGAUUUUGUUGGCUUUAUAACUAUUUUGGCUUUAUUUUUGAACUCUAACUCCAAAUAAAGGACUUCCUUAAUUCUAUCCAUAUCCCAGAGAUCAUAUCUAUUCCUAAAAUCCAAUCCAUCUCAAAGAAACGAACUUAAUCCGAUCGUAUUCCAAAAGAUAUUUUUGGGAAUUUGAUAGAGAGUAUUCCAAACAGUAUUAAAAAACGUAAUAUCUAAUUAGGGUCUAUGCAAAAAAUGUCCACAAGUGAGUACAUGAAAGUGGUUUUGGUUUUUAUUUUUCAUUCUUAGAAAAAUUCUUAUACGUUCUUGUAAUUAUUGUUUAUUUGUUAAGAAGACAAGUAUUUAUAUGGGGAAAAAAGUUAUUUUGCUUGGCCUUAUUCCUUUGGCUGUUACGAGCGGCGAAAGUCUAUGCACUCACUUUUGCUUCCCGCUGUAUGCAAAUUCACAAUAUUGCAGUUUUUUAGUUAAAAAAAAAAGAUUUUGUGGGUAUUUUGCGUUAAUCCAAGCAUGAGGAAGAGAUCUACCUAUGCAGGCCUACAACAAAAUUUAGUUUUCUCAUGGCAAGGGCUCUGAAAAUUGGCAUUUCUUAACAUAAACUACAAAAAACAAAACAAUUUCUAUGCAAAGAUCUAUGAAAAGCAGACCUCCCUCCUUAGGGCAUCCCUCUCUUCAAACACUUACAUAUAUCAGAUGAUCAGAUGGUACUCUUAUUCUUUAUUUUUCUGGUAAAACACAGGUAUCGCUUAGUCAUAGCCUAAGUUUAAGAACACAAUCGAGUCAAUAGCUUAUACAAAAACUAAAACUAAAUCUGAAACCCACUAAAAGGCAGCAGCACGAAAAACCCAUUAUAAUACGAAUGACUGUAAAUAAUGGAUGAAAUAAUGGAUGUUUAAUAAAUAAGUAAUCGUAGUCGAAAAACACUCUACAUUCUAUCAAAUAGAAUCUAAAAGAUCGAAACCAUUGACAUAUGUGUGUACCUAUCGCUCCUCCACCUGAAUGCUCUCUAUCUCUCUCUCUCUUGAACUCUAUCUCGUAUCUAAAUCAUUUUCGCUUAACGUGUUCAAAAUGUAUAUAUCGAAAUGAAUCUAUAUUUAUAUGAUGCCGCCCCCCACUAUCUUCCCCCUGCCCCCAAACAUAAAAGACACUCUAUCUCAACUCAAAAUUGAAUUUUGAUGAUGGAAAAACCUACUCGAUUAUAUGGAAAAAGCAAACGACAAAACCUGCAUAUAAUUUUGACAAUAAAAAAUAACUUUUUAUGCAAAAUGCUUUGUAGGAAAGAGCUCUACAAGAAUCCUAGGCUAAUCUCAGAGAUACACACACUCACACACACACUCCCCCCCUCAAUCUAUAAGUCUAAACGAAGGUCAAUUAGACGUCUAGCAUAUCAAGAAAAAAGAAACACAAAAAACCAACAACAAAUGAUAUCUUUCCUUUAAUCAAAUUUCCCCUGUGCCUUUGUCCCUGCUUUCGGUUUGUGUUUUUCUCAAGAGCCAGGAAAAAUCAGAAAAAAUAUUAUUAAUUAUAGUAUUGUAUAUGUAUCUUUGUAUCUAUCUUUAUUUCUAUCAUUCUAUGAAAAGCUUUAACCAGGUUUCGCUGUAGUAAAAAGAAAAGAACAAAAAACGAAAAAAGAAAAGAAAAGAAAAGA